AUGUUCAUGGACCCGAUCGUGCGCGCCCUCUGCCGGGCCGCCGAAAAGAAGCCAUUCACUUUUGAGGAUUUCACGGAGCUCUCCGACGUCAACUUCAACAGCCGACGCGAAGAAGCAUGGCGAUUACUGUUCAUCGACGAGGAGACGAAUCGACAGCAGAAAGCGCUACGCGCCGAGCGGCAGCGGCGUCGUGAGGCCGACGCAUGCACACGCGCCGCGGCCGCCACGCAAGACUGCUUCGCUCCGCAGUGGGUUGGCGACGUGCAGCUGCAGUUCUUCAUCGAGCUC